AUGGCAGACGACCUCGGAGACGAGCGGUGGGAGAAUCAGCCGGCAGGAGCAGCCAGCAGCCCAGAGCUUCUGCCAGCUAACUCAUCAGAUGGUGACGGAGGAGGAGAAACAAAAAUGACACCACAAGAGACAGCCUCAGUUCCUACAUCAUCAAAAAAAACUGAACAGCCUAAAGAAUGUUUCUUGAUACAACCAAAGGAAACAAAAGAAGGUGCCACCAAGACCAGGAAGAGGAAAAAGGAGAAAAUCACUGAUGCUCUUGCAAAAUCAGAGCCAAAACCAGGGACACCUGAAGAUCUACAGAUGCUGACGAAUAACUAUUACAGCAGCAAUCGCUCAGUGAUUGAAUUAGAAGAACUGAAUCUACCAGAUUCCUGUUUCCUCAAGGCCAAUGACUUGACUCACAGUUUUUCAUCAUACCUAAAAGAAAUUUGUCCCAAGUGGGUAAAACUUCGGAAAAACCACAAUGAGGAGAAGUUGGUUCUGAUGCUGAUCAUUUGCAGCUCUGCCGUCCGAGCUCUGGAGCUCAUUAGGUCGAUGACAGCUUUCAGAGGAGACAGAAAAGUUAUAAAAUUGUUUGCAAAACAUAUAAAGGUCCAGGAGCAGGUAAAGUUGCUGGAGAAGUGUGUGGCGCAUCUGGGUGUAGGAACUCCAGGGAGAAUUAAAGAACUCAUUAAACAAGGUGGCCUUAACUUGGACCCCUUAAAGUUUGUGGUGUUUGACUGGAACUGGAGAGAUCAGAAGCUGCGGAGAAUGAUGGACAUUCCCGAGGUAAGGAAGGAGGUUUUCGAACUUUUAGAAUUGGGAGUACUCAGCCUAUGCAAGUCAGAAUCCUUGAAGCUGGGACUUUUCUAAUCCUGGAUCCUAAUGAAGAUUACA